CUACUGUUUUAUCAACUAUGCAAGCAGCCUAUUGACUUCGACAAUUUUCGCCAACAUUUUUUGUGGAGAAAACAGGCUUGCAACUUGGAAGAAUCCCUAAUACAAAUUUUUUGGAAUAGUAUCAUAACAUUUAAUGUAAAGCAGUUGAAGAUCAACAUUAAUCUUCAAACUUCUGCAUCGUUCAUCUUUUUUAAGUCUGGUGCCAUAAUUGCUGUAGAUCUGCGAAGAAGAAUGUUAAAAAAGUGUAAUCAGACAGUUAUAUGUAUAUACCGUGUUUGUUCGAUAUGUGAAACACAUUUAAAGACAGUACAGUGGUGCAUAAGAAAAAAACAAAAAGUGCGGAAAAAGUGCAACAUAAAAAUGUCGCGAUAUAAAAACAGUAUAUACUCUGACAAUCCGAAAUGUGUACAUAUAGUACAAAAUGAAAUCUAAAUCGAAGGUACAUUGGUGAAAUUUCCUAGAAGCCAUCGUAAUGGACUCUGAGGACUCACAACCGGGAUCUUCCCCAACCAAUUCAUCCUCAAACUCUGAACAAUCGCUUCAUCUUGACAACUCUGACGAAAAAAAGAUAGUCAACGAAUUAAACGUGUCUGCAGCAAGCCCUGCUAGUAGCUCAAGAAGUAGGCAGUCCCGACAUUCGGGAUCUUUGAAUGGUGGGUCGCAACGGUCUAACUCAAAAUCAGAUUCAGAUUCGUGCUCAUCAUCGAGUAGUGAUAAUGAAGACGAUGAAGGAAAUAAGUUUGAGAACGCUCAGACUUUAGGAUCUCCCAGAGAAAGUGAAAGGGGUGUCGAUAAACAAUCGUCUAUUUCUCCAAUGAGGAGCACAAGGGGUUCGAGUACGUCUUCCAGUCCCAGUCGGAAUAAUAGUGAAGAACACCAUAAUCGUGCAUCUGAAAUGAAUUUAAGUCAUGAAGACCUUAGUGAUGUAAGCGACUUAGAAAGUGAGAAGCGUGGAUCACAGUACAACAACAGCAAACAAUCUGUUGACGAUGAAAGCACAAAUGGAAUGGACGAUGCAUCGAAAGACCAGACAAGUAAGAACUCAUAUGUAAACGAGGAUAGUACAUCGAGGUCACCUUUAAUGGAUUUGCGACAGAAAUUGGAAAUGAAGAAAAACCAGCUGAACGAUCUUGAAAAAAAUAUAGCUUCUAAUGGAAGCGAUGAAAAAAAUUUGAAUGGAAAAAGUGGUCUGGUUGGUGAAUCAUUGGAAGAUUUGGUUAAAACUCAUGAUGACGAUGCUCUUGACUUUGAAGCUGAAGAAGGAGAAUGCAACGACGUUAGUAAAGAUGAUAAUAAAACAGAAGAAAAGAACAACGAUGAAACUACUUUGACACCUAAAACAAAGACUGCUGAUAACGAAGAGCUUGAAGAAGGCGAAGUAUCAGAUGAAGAUGAAAAGCGCCCGGAAGAAACUGAGCCGAAACCAGUAUGCCGAUUUUACACUAGAGGACAAUGUACUUGGGGUAUGAGUUGUCGUUUCCUUCAUCCUGGUGUAACGGAUAAGGGCAAUUACACAAUGUUCGAUCUGGUCAGGCCUGUGCCAUUGCUCCAGGGUGGAACUGCUGGAAGUAGGCCAGCAAGUUUCAAUAUGCAUCCAGCUGAUUACCAUGAUUAUCGGACAGAACGUCCAUCCUUACACCACAGAAGUGCCAUUUCUCAUGUUGGCAGUGUGUAUACACCUGCGCAUGAAGCUCGAACCAUAACUGGAGAUAGUCCCGUUGUAGUUGAAAGCGCAUGGGAACGUGGUCUACGCACAGCAAAAGAAAUGAUGAGAAAGGCCAAUAAAAGAAAGGAACAGGACAUGGAUUUUGAAGACAAGAAAAUGCAUUUGACAUUAUCACCAGACGAGUUGGAAAAAGAUCCUUACUAUGCAAAAGACCGGCUAUCUCCAGCUGAGGUCAUUCGUCAUCCUUUGUACCCAGAAGCUGUAAGUGAUGUAUAUGGUCCAGGUGAGCGCUAUGGUCGUGGCCCUCCAGCAGCCCAUUACGAUGAUGUGGAUCCUUAUGGUCGCUCGGCACGAUAUAGAGAGCUUCCACCACAUCGUAUGCCGCAAUACGAAGAUGAUAGGCGUUUACGUCCUACAAGAGAAGUCAUAGUACAACGAGUUGAACCAGUUGGACGCGGGGAUGAGUGGAAUGAUCCAUGGAUGAGGUCUAAAUCUCCAGGUGGCAGAGGUUCCUCCAGAGAUCGGGCCGACAAAAGAAGAAGGGAUCGCCGAAGUUACAGCAGUAAUUCAUCGUACACAAGUUCUAGUAGUUCACAGAGCGACUCCAGUUCGGAUUCCAGCCGGUCUCUUAGUUCACGCGAAAAUCACCGACGACGUUAUGCAAGCAAUUCACAAAAAUCACCUACGUCGCGCAGAACAGGCGGAAGAUCUUUGAGAUCCCCUUCUCCGUCAACAAGAAGAUCUAGGCGUACUCCAACAAUUGAUGAGCUCAAAAAUGAUCUAACGGAGUUGAAAUCAAAUUUAGUUAUCGAGAAAGACCAUAAUUUCUUAAAAGGUUUACACCAUUCACCAUCUUCAAAACGGAGAACAAACUCUUCUUUGUCCCCAGUAUAUAACAAAGGUAAUGUAUAUAGCCCUGUUCAUAAGAAAAAACGCGCUUCACCAGUUUCAAAAAAAACUCAUACUGGUCGAACAAAGGUUAGGCGUCGACACUCAUCAUCUUCUUCAGACUCUGAAGUUUCGUCGGACUCCACUGCUUCUGAAACGGAAUCAGAUUCAGGUUCAUCAUCUUCAGGGAGUUCUUCCCGCUCCAGGGAUAAUUCGCCACCCAAACGUUCGCGCCCUUCUGAAAAAACAAGUGCAAGCGGACGAAAGGUUAUUAAAAAGGUGGAACCUCCAAAAAAAAGGUCACCAAUAACUAUAGAACUGAAGAAACCAGCAGCGGUAGGAGUUUCUGCACUAGCUUCUCCUGCACAUUCAACCCCCUCGGAGAGAGACAAUAAAAAGUCCAGACGGGAGGAACUUCUGAAGCAAUUACGCGCCGUUGAGGACGCAAUCGCUAAAAAAAGAUCAAAACUGGCAUAAUGAAUAGGCCGUAAUAUAAAUAUUCCAGUUUUAUUGGUUCUUUUUCCAUUUAAGCUACAUUGACAAAAUAAUAAAAUAAAGUUGCACAUCUAUUUCAGGAAGAACGGAGUUAACUGUCCCGAAAGGCAACUUAUAAAAUUACCGUCCGCUAGUCAGUCCGUUUAUACAUGAAUUGUUUAUCUGUUCUUGUACCCAUAAUGUUUUUAAUUUCUUGAAAUAUAAUAAUUAGUGUUCAUUA